AUGGAGCAUGUGGCCGGUCCUCCUGCCCUGGCUCGUGAGCGUCGGGAGGUGAGAUCUGAUUAUGACGAGGAAGAGGAGGGUGAGGAGGAAGAGGAGGGGGGUCCGAGCUCACUCCUCACGCUGCUGAAGACCAUGCUACCUCCCCCGACUAACACCAUUUCCCUACAUGAGGCCCAACGCAGCUUAGAACGGCGCGCCUACUCCAUGCAGCAUUUCCGCUGGGGGAAGCCCAAAGGCAAGCGGCGGCCAAUCAAAGUCCUACUGGGCAUGACAGCAAGUGACCCACAGGAGAUAGAAAGUGACCUGGAGGCGUGGCCUGCAGACGUUGCCAUGGAGAGCAGGCGGAGCCUUGGGGAGGACUCAGAAGAGGAGAUGACCCCGCCCACUAUUACACCAACCAAUCGCAUGCAGCACAUUGCAGCACCAGCCAAUAGCGUGAACCCCUUCCUCUUGGGCUCUGCCCCUGGCCCCUCCCAGAAGCGUUACGGGGGAUUCAUGAGGCCGCACACGUCGACUUCGCAUCGAGACCUGCUCACCCUCCUCAAGCAGGCCAUCGCACGGGAACAUAACGGGCGCUACUGA